AUGGCUAAAAGAUAUUCAACAACUUGUGCCGUAGCAAGUACUUUAUCAAUUAUUAUUGGUAUUGCUCUUGUAAUUACUGGAUCAGUUUUUGUCCAUGAUAUGAGUUUUCUUCGAGAUUCAUGGAGAGAGAUCUAUGCAAUAUCAAUCUAUAGUAUUUUAAUUGGUAUAUUGACAAUUAUCUUUUCAAUUGGUCUUUUAUAUGUUGUUAAUCGUAAAUUUCCAGCAUUAACAAUAGUAUUUUCUAUUUUAAUGUUGGUUGUUGUUGUAUUAACUAUAAUAUGUCUUGCUGUUCUUCGAGUAGGUCUUGAUAAUCUUCGACGUGAUUCAUACACACAUACUGAAUAUCUUCUUCGUAAUCAUUCGACAUCAAAUACAAUUGUAGAUUCACAUUCUAUUAUUGGACAUAUUCAAGCUACAUUUGGUUGUUGUGAUGUUAAAAAAGUACCCGAUGAAAAGAAUCAAUUACUUUAUGAAAAUCCUUUUAGCUCGUGUUGCGUUAUAAUAGUUACAGACUUUUAUGUAAAUAGUGUCGUUGCAGCACAUACACACACUGUAGGAUUUACCAAAGAUGGUCAGGUUAAACAAGAUACAAUCAAUGUACGUGGUUUUGCUGAACCUGUUUAUUAUUAUCUUCGCAAACGAUAUAUUACACUUAUGGUUCUUGAUUCUAUUCUUAUAGUAUCAUUAUUGAUUAGUGCCAUACUUGGACUUGCUUCGGAAUACUAUGCGAGACAACAAUAUGAACCAAUGUGA